UUUUAUUGCUCUAUAUGUUUCUCUGUACGGGUUUAUAUAAAUUAAUAAUUAAUACCAAUUACAUAAAAUAUAAUAAUUGAUUAAUAGAUUAAUUAGUUAAUUGAUUCAUUGAUUUAAAUCCAAUUUGUAAAAAAAAAGAAAAGAAAAAGACCACGGCGUUGCUAAGCAACAAGAAGACGCGACUUCCUUUGUUCAGGAAGUGUUACUAAGCGGUUGCCAGGCAAUGUCGGACGCGUUCCGGUGUACCCGGAAGUGCGUGGCGCUGAAAGCAAUGGCGGAGCGCAGGGAGGAUUCCGCUCUCUCGUCCUGGUUCUCUGCAGCUUUCCGCUGUUUCGUUGCCGUGCUGCUCUGCUCCGUCUGCCCCCAUGGGUCCGGUGUCUCCGGGUCCGAGAGCGACCCGUUUUGGGCCGGAAGUUCCGGUUUGUCGGAGACGGCGGCGGCGGCGCGAGACGUGCGAUACCUGCUGUACGACGUGAACCCUCCUGAGGGCUUUAACCUGCGGCGGGACGUGUACAUCCGCAUGGCCUCCCUGGUGAAGACGCUGAGGCAGCGGGGCGACUGGGUGCUGGUUCUGCCCCCGUGGGGUCGCCUGUACCACUGGCAGAGUCCCGACAUGCACCAGGUGCAGAUCCCGUGGGGCGAGUUCUUCAGCAUCUCCAGCCUGCAGGCCAACAUUCCUGUCAUCGAGUACGAAGAGUUCAUUGCAGAGUCAGGCGGGCCCUUUAUCAAUCAGGUGCUGGUCCUGCAGAACUAUGCAGAAGGCUGGAAAGAGGGAGCGUGGGAAGAGAAGGUGGAUGAGCGACCCUGCAUCGAACGCCUCCUGUAUGAUAAAGACAAGCAAGGAUACUACAGAGGCUGGUUCUGGGGUUAUGAGGAGACUCGAGCUCUCAAUGUGACCUGUGUGUCUGCUCAGGGACACGCCUCCGUUCUAGCACCGUACCUGCUGGAGAACCUCACAGCUACCUCAGUGAUGUUAGACAGAGCCGAAACGGUCCUUCAUGAUCAUUACGCAGGAAAGGAUUACUGGAACACCCGGCGCAGUAUGGUGUUUGCCAAACACCUGCGUGUCCUUGGAGACCAAUUUAGAGCACAAUACCUCAACUCCACUGACAAGCUGGACCACACACCUUACAACGAGGACUGGACACGCAUGAAGGCCAAGUUGGGCAGCGCUAAAGGAGGCCCAUACCUGGGCGCGCACCUGCGCAGGAAGGACUUUAUCUGGGGUCAUCGUGAGGACGUACCGAGCCUGAAAGGGGCCGUGAAGAAAAUCCGAAGCCUCAUGAAGAAACACAAGUUGGAGAAAGUGUUCAUAGCUUCUGAUGCUGAUGAGGAAGAGAUGUUGAAGCUGAAGAAGCUGCUGCCUGAGAUGGUGAGAUACGAGCCGAGUCGAGACGAGCUGAAGCUGCUGAAAGACGGAGGAGUCGCCAUUAUAGACCAGUGGAUCUGCGCACAUGCCCGGUACUUCAUCGGAACCUCGGUCUCAACCUUCUCCUUCCGCAUCCACGAGGAGAGAGAGAUUCUGGGUUUUGACCCUAAAACCACCUACAACCGUUUCUGCGGUGACGAGGAGAACAAGUGUGAACAGCCGACACACUGGAAAAUUAUCUACUGACGCUCUACAAAACCACAAAGAACUCACAGAGCUCAGAGAUUACAGACAGAUGAGUAAGAUUAGAGUGAGAUUACAGACAGAUGAGUGAGAUUACAGACGGAUGAGUGAGAUUACAGACGGAUGAGUGAGAUUAGAGUGAGAUUACAGACAGAUGAGUAAGAUUAGAGUGAGAUUACAGACAGAUGAGUGAGAUUACAGACGGAUGAGUGAGAUUACAGACGGAUGAGUGAGAUUAGAGUGAGAUUAUAGACAGAUGAGUGAGAUUAGAGUGAGAUUACAGAUGGAUGAGUGAGAUUUCAGACAGAUGAGUGAGAUUACAGACAGAUGAGUGAGAUUAGAGUAAGAUUACAGAUGGAUGAGUCAAAUUAGAGUGAGAUUACAGACAGUUGAGUGAGAUUACAGACAGAUGAGUGAGAUUACAGACAGAUGAGUGAGAUUAGAGUGAGAUUACAGACAGAUGAGUGAGAUUAGAGUGAGAUUACAGAUGGAUGAGUGAGAUUACAGACGGAUGAGUGAGAUUUCAGACAGAUGAGUGAGAUUACAGACAGAUGAGUGAGAUUAGAGUGAGAUUACAGAUGGAUGAGUCAGAUUAGAGUGAGAUUACAGACAGGAGCACGAGUGCCGCUGCAGUGUUCUCUCUACCGUUCAGAAAAAGCCAGAAUUAAUGGCACCCUUCAUAAUCAUAAGCACAGAUGAACAUGUUGCACUGAGUGAUAUUUGGAGUACACACACACACACACACACACACACACACACACACACACACGACCAGAAUGUACACUUUCAUUCAUACACAAUCGAGUUUUACAGCUGUGUUUACUGCCUUUUUCUGUUUUAUUGUAUUUGUACAUCAUCAACAAGCAACUUCACAGAAAUAAACAGAUUCAGAAUA